AUGUCAGGGUUCCAAGGCCUGUUAGAGCACCCAGAAAAUGGGAACACAACCCUUCCACCAGCAUCUGCUGAAAAAGAAGAAGAAGCUGUUUAUUAUGGACCGGAGAAUCGACCGGCAGAUUGGAUCUCAAAACCCCCAACGCCACAACGGAAGAGAUCGGUGGAUUCGGAGAAAAUGACUGAUGUCGAGACGCCGGUUCGUAAACCACCGCCAAAACGAACGCCUUCUUCCAAUCGAUUUCCGCCUCCAGACGUUUUACUGCCUCCAGCACGUCAGGAAAUUGAUGUGGUACCGCUGGAUCCAAACGACGAGAUGUUUUGGCGAUCAUCGUGGCAAGAGCGGAACCAGGGAAAUAUUGAUGUUUCUGGCGUAUUGGCAUAUUCGGCAAUCGACGUCCGUCCAAAAGCCGAGCCACCGCCUCUCCCUCCUAUUCCACUUACCCCAAAAUGCCCUUAUCACCCGGAUUGUGAUGGGAAAUGCCAA